ACAGUGCAAUCUAUCAAAGUGUUUGGUUUUGCUCAUUCUGGUCGAGGGUAGAGGCCUAUUUCUGAUUGUGUGAAGCAAAGCUUUUCGUUUCCUAAAACACCAUAAUAGAUGGCUCGUACCAAGCAAACUGCUAGGAAGUCUACUGGAGGAAAGGCUCCCAGGAAGCAGCUUGCUACCAAGGCAGCUCGUAAGUCUGCCCCAACAACUGGAGGUGUGAAGAAGCCUCACAGAUAUCGCCCCGGAACUGUUGCUCUUCGUGAAAUUCGCAAGUAUCAGAAGAGCACAGAACUUCUGAUCAGGAAACUCCCUUUCCAGAGGCUUGUUCGUGAAAUUGCCCAGGACUUCAAGACGGAUCUCCGUUUCCAGAGUCACGCCGUGUUGGCCUUGCAGGAGGCGGCCGAGGCAUACCUUGUGGGUCUAUUCGAGGACACCAACCUCUGCGCCAUCCACGCCAAGCGAGUCACCAUUAUGCCCAAGGACAUCCAGUUGGCGCGGAGGAUUCGCGGUGAGAGGGCUUGAAGCUGAUGACUAAUUAACCCUUGCUCGCUGAUCAACAAUUCUGGUUGACUUGGGCGUGGGUAGAAGUAUUAGUGGUUGGAUUUUUUUUCUUAUUUUUAGCAGUAGGGUUUUAUUAAUCCAGGUUGCGGUAAUGGAAUUGGGAUACAACGACUCCUUUGGUAUUGGAUGGUGGUGUGCAGUAAUAGAACGUGGGAUGAAAUUUACAAUUGUUUUUGUUUUUUGUUAGUACACUAUUGCCUUAAUUAUUGGUUGUAGAUUUUAUGUGUUAUUUUGCCUUUUUCUAAUAAUUAGAUUAAAUCCUUCUUUAAUUA